CCAAAAAACUGAGGGCCUUCUGCUAUCCUGAUAUAUGGCAAACAUAUUUCCCGACCUUUUUUUCAGCUUGACAAAAAGUUAGUAGCCCAGGCCAUGCCCCGGUCAACAAUAUUCGACAGAGGUGAAGAUUAAUGGUUUUCCGUCAAAUUGAUUUAUUUUUCCUCCCUCUGUUGACAUAACUACAAUCAACAACAAAUUCAAACAAACCGAAUUAAGGGCUCGAAAAAUGAAAAUGAACAAAUUUAAUAAAGUUAUAUAUCCAAUUUCAGGUUUAACAUACUUCCAGUAGCACUUUCAAUUUAUUUUGCGUAAAAGCAAAACCAAGUCAAACACAUGGCCGCCUAAUUAUAUUAGCAAAUUUAAUUGCCUUGUCGUAGGCCCAAUGGCUUUCUUUGCGCCAACUUCCUAAUUGCCAUUUAAUUAAAUGUCCCACAUAGACUUUGCAUAUAUAAGUCAAAGCCAACUUUCAGAAAUUAACACAGAGUCAAGAUGAACGGCUUCAACAGCAAACUCUUCGGGUGUCAGAUUUAUUUCGCCCUCAUCCUCGCCCUCUUGGUGUCCUUGGCCUGGACACUUCCGGUCGAAAACUCGGAGACAACAGUGGCUGUCCAGGAUGAAGCCACAAACACUGAGGAAUUUAUCGAAGGUGUUCCCGUCAUAGAGGAGUCGUCAAAUCAAGGACAGCUGCGAUUCCCUCCUUUCAACAACAAUGAAUCCGGCGGAUUUUUCGAAAGGUUUGGUGAAAAAUUUAGAAACAAAUGGAACCCAUCCUCGACCACUACCACAACAACUACUACCACUACAACUACGACCAAGGCUCCGGCUGGUAAAUAAAUU